CUUUUAUUUCCUGCCACGCCACGCCCCGAUGUUCCCUAUCCUCUCGAAGUAUUUUUAAUGGCGUUUCCACCUACAGGACGAGACGGAAACUGGUUCUUGAGUGCUUCCAGUGUACUGCAAACAACUCGGAAACAAGAGCACAAAAGAACGGAACACAGCUAGAUCGACACACGGCGUAUCGACGUUAUUUCUACCGGACAUUAUCGGUCUCGUAUUUUUACCUGAUCCAAUGAGGGAUAAAAGAAGUUUACAAAAAAAAAAAAAGAGAAAAAGAAAUAAAAAGAGGAAACGAGCAUUGAAAGAUUGAUGGGUUUAAUCUCGACGUUCUCCUCGAUUCUUUGACAAAAAUCCAUUUAUUCUUCGGCUCGAUCUCCGCGCCGGAUAACAGUUUCUACGAUGCAAUUCAAAUAUUUUUUCAUCGUUCCGAUUAAACGAGCAACUUUCUUUCUGGUAGAAAGGAAAUGAAGUUAGCGAAGUGUGGAGCCGAGAUAACAUUUAUUUAUCGAACGGAGCAUCGAUAUGGCGAAGUUGGUGGUGAAGGGUGGCAAGGGGGCGCGACAGCGAUGUCGCAAAAUUGGCAAACGCGACACGCUCCAACCUCCAACUUUGCGUUUCACACAGGAAAAUAGUUGGUAACUGGGAAAAAAAUUUCUGAAUCUUCUUCGCGUUUUAUCCGAUCUAUAAAUCAAACUUCAGGGAAACAAGAAAGUUGUCGAAGGAAGGGUAGAAUAGACAUGUCCUCGUUGACGGUGGUGCACGAUUCGCGGUUGAUGUUGUUGGAAUUAAUGGUGCAAAAUUUAUACAUGCCAUGGAAGGAUAUACUGGACGCGACUCUAAUGAAGAAAACUGUGAUAAUGUUUCGAAUGUUGGACAACGAAUGGACAACGUUAAUGCCAAACCGACGCGACUAUCGGUCUUAUCGUGGCUCGAAUUAUCAAAACGAACGUUUCUACGGCGGUAGAUCGGUGGUGUUCGCCUUACCGGAAAGCACACUCGAAAAGAACGUCUCCGGUGUAGAUUUGCAGCUGUACGUAUCCAAGGAGGUAUCCAAGUAUUUCGAAUUAGAACGACGUCAGAACUUUGGAUUCACCCUCGUCAAGAUGGACGGUCUGCUUAACGGUAUUAUAAAGGACCUCCGUGAACGGAACGAGCUGGAAGGUUAUUUUUCUAGUGCUCUCGAGCGAGAACCUAUAUCAAGAUCUACGCGCGGAACGUUCCCGUUGUUCGACGAGGACGUACAGAAAACAAACGCGACCAUCGAGCUGUACGUGCGGAUCAGUUUCCUAGGGAAAUGCAUCAUCACCGAGGUGUACGCACCCAUAAGUACGAAGAAAGCGUUCUACGCUCGGGAGGAGUCGGACGAACGUUAUCCGUAUCAAUUCCGAGAGUUAACAACCGUGGACGUGGAGUCCUUCUGUUGGGGCAGUUUGACCAUCAUUCCACCAGUUCACCCAGACUAUUUAACUUGCGCGUGUAAGGUAAUCCCGGACAGCUUCGAAGAAACUACUCAGACCAAGAAGAAGAAGAGGAAACAGAAACCAACCCUGAAAGAAAUCUAUCUAGCCAGAUUAGCCCUGUUUCAAGAACUGCUAGCAAAAUUGAAAGAACUCCGAAAGAACAGGCCGGAGAUCAUCGAACCGGGUGGGAAACCAAAGGGAAUUUGUCCACCACCCUGUCGUCCGAUCUCCUGCAUCUACACUUUACCGCCGAGCGUUUGUACCUCCCCUUGUCAACCGACCGUUUACUGUCUCGCAAACGCGACAUGAGCUGAAAUUUCCAUACAAAGGGGAAACCGCGGUAUGCCGUCGAAAGGUACCCGGCAGCCGUAACGUCCGCCUAAAUCCAGUCGAACUUUUACCAUUGUUCCAGGUCUGGGAUCUUCCACGAGAGGCAGGCGAGUAUUUUAUCAUCGUUCGCAUUGCGCGAAGAUUCGGAUCUCGAGUGGGCGAAAAUCGUUGAUCGCAAGAGACGCAUGGAAUCCAUGAAACGUUCGCGAAAAAUGGAACGAACUACCCUUCCUCGGUUCAUAAUUCUAUGCCAUGUAUAACCUUUCUUAUUCAAAAUUUUUGCGGAGUGGUAAACCGCGCUGAAUGUAUUUUUUCUUCUCUCCAGUCGAAUCGUUCGGUGUGUGAUUUUAACGAAAUUUCAAGAUAUUUGUUCACUAAUUAAAUUGUACUACGUGAUUAAGUCCGACGAAUAAACGAUCGACCAUACAAGUAUUAAAAAA